CAGCUUCGCGCCUCAUAAUGGCUCCUACAAAAUGGGGAAUCGUAAGUGCGGGCAAAAUCUCGCACGAUUUCGUCGCGUGCCUUAGAAGUUUGUCGUCUGAAGAACAUCAGAUCGUUGCAGUAGCAGGCAGGAACUUUGAUACCGCCAAGGCCUUCGCUCAGCUUCAUGGGAUCCCUAAAGUUUAUGGCAGUUACGAAGAACUAGCUCAGGAUGGAGAUGUUGAGAUCGCCUACGUUGGAUGUCUUAACCCGGACCACUACAAAACGAGCAAGUUAUUAUUUGACCAUGGGAAACAUGUACUUUGUGAGAAACCUCUCACAACACACCUUAAACACACACAAGAUUUAUUACGAACCUCGCAAGAGAAGAAGCUAUUCCUCAUGGAGGCCAUAUGGAGCCUGUGUAAUCCAGCCUACUUGAAUCUAAAAGCACAGUUAGAUAAAGGGCUCUUGGGACAAGUCUCUUACAUCAAUGUCACAUUCGGCCACGCUUCGAUGUCUCAAGAUAGAGUGAUCAAGAAAGAUCUGGGAGGUUCUGCCAUGCUGGAUAUUGGAAUCUAUUGCUUGGCACUCAUUGAUUUUCUAUAUGGAGGGGACUUACCCGAAAAAGUACAAGCAGUUGGGACUCUGACUGAUGAAGGUGUAGACAUUGGAACGGCAGUAUCGAUGAAGUUCAGCAACGGUCGUCUGGCCACAUUCACUGCUUCCCUCGUCAUGGACCUCCCGAAUGCUGCAGAAAUUGUCGGGACAACGGGCACUGUGCGGAUUGAAGAACCGUUUUGGAGCCCAACAAGAAUCGAAACUCCGUGUGGACCUCGCGAUUACGUAGUGCCCAAAACUGUAGUCCCAUGCAACUACAAAAACAGUGGUAGUCUGUGUUACGAAGCUAACGAAGUGAGACGUUGCCUACUUGGAGGAUCAAUUGAAAGUGCACACGUGACUCACAAGACCACUGAAAGGAUAGCCUUCCUCACUUGCGAGAUAUUCAAGCAGCUGGGAGUAUCUUAUGUCCAUGAGCCAGUCUGGCUUCAAUAAUUCGUGUUGCCUUCUCUCAGCUAGAUUCCUCUACGGGUGUCCAUAAAUUUAAGCUGUAUGUGACAAAAUGUGAAGCAUGGUUUAGUAUGUUUUGGUAGGCUAAAUGUAAGACUUAUCAUCUUACAUUUAGUCUGUUUUACGAUUGAUUGUUUCAACUAUGUACGUUGCAGGGACCCAGUAAAUAUACUCCUUAGUAGUAAAGCCCUCGAACAACGAA